AUGGUGGAAGAGUUUGAAGGGGCAGCCGCCAGUGAGCUUGUGAUAUUCUGUGCAAUUGCCGCCGCUGAUAAUUACUUAUCCUAUGCAAUCAAAUUGGAUAUUGAGGAGUGUAACUGCUGUUUGUCAGUAUCCAACUCCCCGAGUGCACAAUUGAGACCCUCCCUGGAUGCUUUGCUGAAGAUUAAGAAAUACUUCUGUGAUUCAGAUAUGGACAACUCCAAUGGAGUUGCUGAUCACGUUCCCAAUCAUAGACUCUGUGGUUUUCUUCGUACAGUUCUCAAAAUUGCCCCUACACCCAGUCCCCAAACCCACCCCCCUAUCCACACUCGCUGCUAUCCGUAUGCUAAUAACUCCGACAUCCAAUUUGUGUGCGAUAACGAUGUUGUGUUGCUGCCCAUUGCUUUAGCGUCAAAGGAAAAGGGCCAAAACCCAAGCACGACGCCUUCGUCUAAGAAACGAUGGACUAGGAUUGGGAUGGUUAACGGGAGCUUAUCGGUGGUGCAUCAGCUACGGGUUCUGUUGAUGAACAAGUGCCUGAGCAUCAUUGCACGUGUAAUUGGGGUUUCUGUGCACGAGGAUGAAAUUUGGGUUGUGGUUCUGGUGGAUGUGUAUUUGCUUGUUGCCGCGUGGUCUGGGUGGCAGUUCCCUAAGUGCGGCCCUAUUGCCUCUGCACUAUUUAAGCACUUAAGUUGUGAUUGGAAAACCAGACAUUGUUUGCUUGCUGGUUCGAAUCCCGGGCUUACUGAUGAUUGUGGAAUCUGGGAUGUUCCCGACUGUCAUGCAAUUGGUUGCAAACACCAAUGCAGUAUUCCAGAAGCUCCUAACCGUAAGUUUUUUGAACUUGAUGAAAUUUUCCGGAGCUUGCCAAGUGUUGUGACGACAGACAGUCUAGACACUUCAAUCAUAACUCCAGCUGAUACCUCUUGUGAGACUGGUAUUUGGUCGGUCCCGGAUGAUAUUCUGAUCCCAAUUUUAACUACACUUCGACCUGUCGACCUUGUUAGAGUUGCAGCAACAUGCCACCGUUUAAGAUCCUUGACCGCACCAAUCAUUCCAUGUGUGAAACUGAAACUUUUCCCUCAUCAGCAGGCUGCCGUCACAUGGAUGUUACAACGUGAGCGAGAGCCUGAAGUCUUUCAACAUCCUUUAUUCAUGCCCUUUACCACUGAAGAUGGCUUUGACUUCUAUGUCUGUGCCGUCUCUGGUAAAAUAGUGACCGGUACAGUUCCCUCCAUUGUGGACGCUCGUGGGGGAAUGUUUUGUGAUGAACCUGGCCUGGGUAAGACUAUUACUGCUCUUUCUCUCAUUCUGAAGACACAAGGAACACUAGCAGAUCCUCCAGAUGGUGUACAAGUUGUCUGGUGUGCUCAUAAUUUUGAUCAGAGAUGUGGUUAUUACGAGGUUAGCACUCAAGACAUUGGGAGUGAUGGAGUGUCAGAAAGUGAUAGGGUUAUGUGUCUUAAUCCUCGGAGGGGACAAUUUAAUCAAGAUGAUCUUACUCCUAGCUUAAACUCAGAAAUAUGCACCCCUCAAAAGUUACCACUAGCAGAUGAAAAAUCUGGGGUCAUUAAUGGAUCAUAUACCAACAGUGGAAUUUUGUCAGAAAAAGCUAGAAUGGGAACAAGAACAUCCUCUGACACUUUCAGGAACCACAGUCAAACUAAGAGAAAUCUUCUAAAUGAAUAUGAAGAAGCCUCCGAGUCUCCUUUGUGUAAACAAACUAGGCGAUCUGUUAUGAAAAGGAAACAUGCUUCAGGUGGCUCUAAUCUGAACUCUUCACAUGUAUGCAAUGGUGAUUUGGAUGGAUCAUCUUCUAAGCGAAAGAGAGCUAAGAUAACGUACACGGAUCACAUUUUGGAAAAUGAAACAUGGGUGCAGUGUGAUGGCUGUGGCAAGUGGCGGAAGCUUGUCGAUGGAAGUGCAGCUGACUCUUCCAGAGCUUGGUUCUGUAGAAUGAACAGUGAUCCCUUGCAUCAAGAGUGUAGUGCUCCUGAGGAGAAGUGGAAUUAUGAAUCCGUGACAUGUUUACCUGGAUUCUGUACAAAAGGAACCCCUGGGGGUUUGGAAGAGAAUGUAUCAUUCUUCAUCAGCGUGCUCAAAGAGCACAAGAAACUAUUGAGCUCCAAAACAAAGAAAAUCUUAACUUGGUUGGCCAAGCUUUCACCAGAGCAGCUCUCAGAAAUGGAAACAAUCGGGUUGGCUCAUCCUGCUUCACUGAUUCCUUUAUCUGAUGCUGCCUAUGAAUAUCACUUCAUAUUUCAGGCAUUUGGUCUUAUUAAAAGAGUAGAAAAGCGUGUCACUAGGUGGUAUUACCCAGAAAAUCUUACAAAUCUCGUCUUUGACUUGGUUGCCCUCAGAAGUUCUCUUUGUGAGCCUUUGGAUUCAUUGAGGUUCUAUCUGUCCCGGGCAACCUUAAUUGUAGUCCCAGCUAACUUGGUUGAUCAUUGGAGGGUUCAGAUCGAAAAACAUGUUAGACCAGGUCAGUUGAGGGUAUAUGUCUGGGGUGAUAACAGAAAACCGGGUCAGAAGCCUUCGUCUCAUCAUCUUGCUUGGGAUUAUGACAUUGUUCUUACUACUUUCAGUCGUUUAAGUGCGGAAUGGAGCCCCAAAAAAAGAAGUGCAUUGAUGGAAGUACACUGGCUGCGGGUUAUCCUGGAUGAGGGGCAUACCCUUGGCUCAAGCCUGAAUGUGACAAACAAGCUGCAAAUGGCUGUCUUCAUGAGAGCUUCAAGCCGCUGGGUGUUAACCGGAACACCUACUCCGAAUACUCCUAAUAGUCAGCUUUCACAUCUUCAUCCUGUGCUUAAGUUUCUUCACGAAGAAGUUUAUGGGUUAAACCAGAAAUCUUGGGAGGACGGAAUUCUCAAGCCAUUUGAAGCUGAGAUGGAAGAAGGUAGGUUGCGAUUAAUGCAGCUGCUCCAAAGGUGCAUGAUAAGUGCCAGAAAAGCUGAUUUGAAGACGAUUCCUCCUUGCAUCAAGAAAAUUACUUUUAUAGAUUUCACUAUAGAACAUGCAAAAAGCUACAAUCAACUAGUAGAAACAGUACGGCGUAAUAUAUUAUUGGCAGACUGGAAUGAUCCAUCCCAUGUGGAGAGUCUGCUAAAUCCAAAGCAGUGGAAGUCUCGAAGCGCUACUGUAAGAAAUAUAAGGUUGUCGUGCUGUGUGGCUGGCCACGUCAGAGUAAGCGAUGCUGGCCAAGAUAUCCAGGAAACGAUGGAUGCUUUGCAGGAGACGGGUCUGGUGCCUCAUUCUGAGGAAUAUGAAAUAAUAAAGUAUCAUAUCCGUCACGGUGGAAAUUGUAUGCGUUGCAAAGAAUGGUGUCGUUUGCCUGUGAUUACUCCUUGUCGACAUCUGUUGUGCCUUGAUUGUGUUUCGUUGGAUAGUCAAAUGUGUCCUUUAGCUGGUUGCAGCUUUUUGUAUGAGAUGCAGAGCCCUGAUACACGCACCCGUCCUGAAAAUCCGAAUCCAAAGUGGCCUGUUCCAAAGGAUCUCAUAGAGUUACAGCCAUCAUAUAAACAGGCACUACUUGAUGAGUGGCAUCCUGAUUGGAAGUUAACGUCCAGCAGUAAGGUUACUUACCUAGUGCAUCAGUUAAAACAUUUGCUGGAAUUUAAUGGAAGGCUGCAACAAGAUGAUAGUAUGGAAUUUGGAAGCUUUUCAACCGAUAGUUGGCCGGAUAAAGUUAUUGUAUUUUCUCAGUUUCUGGAGCAUAUACAUGUUAUAGAACAACAGUUAGCAAUUGGUGGGAUUCGAUUCGUAAGCAUGUAUAGUCCGAUGUCUUCAUCAAAGAAGAUGAAAUCUCUAGCAACAUUUCAGAAUGAUGCGAACUGUAUGGUUCUUCUGAUGGAUGGAAGUGCAGCAUUAGGUCUUGAUUUGAGUUUUGUAACACAUGUCUAUCUUAUGGAACCAAUAUGGGACAAAAGCAUGGAGGAACAAGUCAUCAGUCGUGCUCACCGGAUGGGUGCUAAACGUCCUAUUCAUGUUGAGACAUUAGCUAUGAGAGGUACUAUUGAAGAGCAGAUGUUGAGAUUCCUGGAUAAUGAUGACUGCAGAAGUUUAUUGAAAGAUGAGUUCGUUAAGUAUGAUGGUGAUGGGGCGCGUGUCCAUCGUACUUUGCAUGAUUUUGCAGAGAGCAAUUACUUAGCUCAUCUUAGAUUUGUGCAAACAGAGUCAAAGGCAUGA